ACGUUUUGUUUGUAGUGUGUAGUGUCAAAAAAAAACAAAACUACUGUUAAAAAAUUCUAAUAUAUCUAAUCUUAUCUUAUCCUUUUUUAAAAGUCUAUAAAAUAUAAAUUGUGGUCGCUUUAAAUUUGAGUUACAGCGUAAGCCGUGAACCCCCCAAAAUCGCAAGUCCGAAGUGACUCUUGGCGUAAUUUUUAACAAACCAACAAACUUGGUAAACAAAAAACCACACCACACAAAAAAUGUUACUAAGAAAAUAUCAAAUCAACAAUACAUUGAGAUUCUAUGCAACAUUAAGUGCAUUACAAUUACUUUGUUUUAAUAAAAAUCCAGACGAUGGCGACGGUUGGAACUCUGAACGCAACAGAACUAACUUACUUCAGGAAUCUGAAAAUGUUUUCGUUGACUUGUUCCCAGAGCAAUCAAUAUUCAAUCAAGAUGAUAUGAAUUUAAGAAAAAUUUUAGAAGAAUCAACCUUUCAAUCAUGGCAAAGUCAUAUCGCCCGAAAAUCUUUAGUUGAAGAUUUAAUUCGAUUCGAUCGUAGUAAUGACGAGAAUGAUCGCAAAAUAACAUUAUAUCCGCUCGAUAUUCAAAAUAAAACUGAAGAAGCAUCGAAUAAUUCACAAAAUAGCAGCAACAGUGUUAGUUUGAGUUUGAGCUCAUAUGAUAGCGAUAGGAGACCAUUUAGUUUGUUGUUUCAAUUGCCAAAUGAUACCCGAAAUUUUGAUAGUAUGGCCGUAUAUGAUGGAUUCAGUAGUUCAGCAGAUGAACGAAAACCUUCAACUAGUUUCAAUGAUUUUCCCACACAGGAUGUGUUUUUGGAUAAUAGUUUUUAUGAUUUACAUUUGAAUACAAUUUCUUCUUCUUCAUCGUCAUCAUUACCAUCAUCCUCUUUACCCUCAUCAUCAUUAUCUUCAUCAUCGCAUCGUAAAAGCAAGAAAAAUCCAUUGAAAAAAGACGCAGUUUUGCCUAAUAUAAAUCGAAUCAGAAGACAGGACAUUGAUUUCUUCAACAGAUUUACCAGAGAAGAAAACGAAACAACAGCAGGAGCAGCAGCAAGAACAAUGAGAGAACACGAAACCUUAGCGAUGAUGACUAAUGCGAUUUAUAAACAAGAUGUUGACCUGGGCUAUACAUUCUCCAAUUACAAUCCAUCUUUUACUAUGUCUUCGAUGUCGAAGCCAAUUGAUGAAGCUGAAAAAGUUGAAGUCAUUCAAAACUUGAAUGACACUAAAAUCCCAGAUAACAACGAACAUGGCAUCGAUAUUGGCUAUUUGUUGUCUUUAUCAUCAAAUGUAACUGGUGGCAGUAACGAGAAUUCCAAUGUUACUUCGCAUCAAAAACUUUUGAAAAUCGACGAAGAUAGAAAAUUGGCAGAGAUCUUGUAUGAACAAGACAUAGAUCUUGGUUAUAUUUUGUCACCAACUGGCUCUAAAGAGUCAUCUUCUUCGAAAGCAAGUGACAAACCAGCAGAAAAGAUAAGCAGCGAUAAAGAAGAUUCAAAUGAUGUUAGCGAUUUGUGGGCUGGAAUUCCAUUUAAAAUUGAUAACGAAACUGGAGAAUAUAUUCGUCUUCCUUUUGAGGAUAUAUUUAAGGAUUUCAUUCCGAUCGAUGAGAAUGAUCAAAAAGAUGAUUUGCCAAAGGUCAAGGAACCUCAAAGUCCACUUGAUCUUGAUGCUACUAUUCAGGAUAUUGCAAAUCUAUUAACACCACCUAAUGAUUUCUAUCCUGUACCACAGGCAGAGGCUACACCUUAUGUGCAUGAUAAUUCGUAUCCACAAAGGCAUAAUACGAAUAUGUGUUAUGAAAAUCAAGAAAAUCAAGUUUAUGGAUACAACAACAACCAUCAAAGAGUUGACAACUUUUAUCAAAAUAAUUUGCUACCAUCAGGAGUACAGAAUCCAAACACUUUAUAUGCUCCAAAUGGUGGCACCCACGAAGACAUCCAUACUGAUGCAUACUUGGAUUCGAUUUUAAAUUCAGAAUGCUUUAAAAUGAUGGAUGCAAACAAUAAUCAAAGCUCGACGGCUCAGCAGCAUGGUAAUCCGAUGGAUUGUUCUGGUUCAAACGGAGCUAAAAGCUCAGACAAGCCUCCAAAUGCAUCGAGUUCUUCUGGUGGUGGCGGUGGAAAUGCAGUGAAUUUCUUAGAUUUAUCUUGCGGCAGUGCUGGAAGUUCGUUGGGUUCAUUAGGUUCUGAGAGCCUCCCAUCGUCAUCAGAUGGCGAAUGGGGUGAGGGAAGUGAUCCAGGCAAUGAUUAUCGUAGAUCAAAUUUCUAUGGACCCUAUGAUUAUAGCUCCAACAAUAGUAGUAAUUUCACUAUUCGACAAAUGCCUGUUGCACAAAAGAAGUACCACAUGUUUGGUAAGAGAUAUCUACAAGAAGAGAUUUCAAACAAUACUUUAACUGAUUCCAGAGCUCGGACUUUACAAACUGAAAGCCCAAUAAGUGACCUUGAUGAGAAAGAAAAUUCAACUUAUGAUGAUUUUGAAGAGGAAAUGAAAGUUCAUGCCAACCUCAAAAACAUAAGCAAACUUAUUAAGACGGAACGUGAUAAGUUCCAAAGAUCCGAUCAAAAUUUGGUCCGUCAUAAUCACACUUAUGCCUUAUCACAUAGUCCUGAUUCGAAUCAAUCUAACGACCGAGAUGGCUCUGAAUAUGAUGAUGGUCCAUCUGAGCAGGGACACUUGACCAGAGAUGAAAAGCGUGCACGCAAUUUGAAUGUUCCCAUUCCAGUUUACGAUAUCAUUAAUCUACCAAUGGAUGAAUUUAAUGAACGAGUGUCAAAGUAUGAGCUAAAUGAAAAUCAACUCUCUUUAAUUCGCGAUAUCAGACGUCGUGGAAAGAAUAAGGUUGCUGCACAAAAUUGUCGCAAACGUAAGCUUGAUACAAUUCUAUCGCUUGAGAGUGAAGUCGAAGAAGUGCGACGUCGCAAGGAGAAGCUGCAUAACGAGAAAGAAUAUGUUGCAAUGGAAAAGAAGAGGAUUGCCAGUAAAUUUGCAACUCUACACAAGCACAUCUUUCAUUAUUUAAAAGAUGACGAAGGUAUGCCUUGUUCGCCAUCAAAAUUCAGUUUGCAACAAUCAGCAGAUGGUUCAAUGUAUCUUCUGCCAAGAGAUAAUUCCAAGCAGGAUCCAAAUUGUUAUAGUAUGUCAUUGCUGAUGAGUGAGGCGAGUACUAGUAGUGUUUGCAGAGAGCGCAGUCGAAUGAAGGAGUCGUCUUUUGGACGAACGGGUGCCGAUGAAUCACAUUCAAUAACUGAACUGUAGAUGAAGAAAGGAGUGGAAAAUUCGAAAGAUGAAUUACUAAUUUGUUGCUUUAAAUUUAAAAUUUAAUUUUUAAGUUUUUUUUUGUUUAUGUUUUGUUUUUUUUUUUUUUAUUUUUUUUUUUUUAUUUU